UAGGGAAAGGGCGAGUUUUAGAGAGAGGAAGAGAAUAGGAAAAGGAGGAGUUUUAGAGAGAGAUAGUUUUAGUAACAGAAAUUUCAAGAGACUGUUCACAUUCAUCUCUCUCCUCUCUCUCCCUUUAAUCUCCCAUAAAUCCCGCGCUCCAUGAAAAGAACCAGACUAGAAUUAGGGUUUCAUCGUCAUUCUCUCUCUCUCUAUCUCUCUGCUGAUGUUCUUGGAUUUGCAGUCGCAGUAGCAGUAAAUGGGGUGCAUUGCUUCGAAGCAGGCGGUCUCUGUAACCCCUGCCCUUGAUUAUUCAGGAGGUUUCAGGAAUCAGAAUUCCGGUAUUCAUGUCAUUUCUUUGCGGAGCAGAGCCGGCUUUGCCGGCUCUGAUUCGGGCAAGAAGGAUGAGAGCUCUGAUCGCAGCCAUGAUUUUGCAGUCGCGAAUUAUAAUGGCGAGGAAUCGGGAAGAAGCAAUAGUAAUAGCGAUUCAGUGAGUUUUAGGUUGGGGAAUUUGCAUAAGUAUGUUGAGGGAGAACAGGUCGCAGCUGGUUGGCCUGCUUGGUUGAGCGCAGUUGCAGGGGAAGCCAUCCAUGGUUGGGUUCCCCUCAAGGUCGAUUCUUUUGAGAAGCUUGAAAAGAUUGGGCAAGGCACGUAUAGCAGCGUGUUUAGGGCUCGUGACCUUGAGACAGGGAGAAUAGUCGCCCUGAAGAAGGUUCGUUUUGACAAUUUCGAGCCCGAGAGCGUACGGUUUAUGGCCCGAGAAAUCCUGAUUUUGCGGAGGCUUGACCAUCCAAAUGUCAUAAAGCUUGAGGGAUUGAUUACUUCUCGGAUGUCAUGUAGUAUGUAUCUCGUAUUUGAGUAUAUGGACCAUGAUCUUGCAGGACUAUCAUCUUGUCCCGAUAUCAUAUUCAGUGAAUCCCAGGUCAAAUGUUAUAUGAAACAGUUAUUGUCUGGUCUUGAACACUGCCACUCUCGUGGUGUCAUGCAUCGAGACAUCAAGGGAUCGAAUCUUCUAGUCAAUAAUGAGGGGAUUCUCAAAAUAGCUGAUUUUGGUCUUGCGAAUUUCGUUAAUCCUAGCCACAAGCAACCACUGACUAGUCGUGUGGUGACUCUUUGGUACCGUCCUCCUGAACUUUUACUGGGUUCAACAGAUUAUGGAGCAUCGGUGGAUUUGUGGAGUGUGGGUUGUGUCUUUGCAGAGCUGCUUCUAGGGAAACCCAUACUUCAGGGAAGAACUGAGGUGGAACAACUACACAAGAUCUUUAAGCUCUGUGGUUCACCUCCUGAUGAAUACUGGAAAAAGUCUAAGUUGCCUCAUGCAACUAUAUUUAAACCCCAACACCCUUACGAGAGUAGCCUUGCCGAGACCCUCAAAGGCAUCCCAUCAACUGCUUCAGAUUUGAUUGGAAAUCUUCUCUCCAUUGAAACUUACAAACGUGGUUCUGCAUCUGUUGCUCUUUCAUCUGAGUACUUUACAACUAAACCUUAUGCAUGUGAUCCUUCAAGCUUGCCAAAAUAUCCCCCCAACAAGGAGAUUGAUGCCAAAGGGCGCGAAGAGGAAGCUAGGAGGAAAAAGACGGCAUGCCGAGCACGUGGAUCAGAAGUAUCAAGAAGAGCUUCAAGAAUAUCAAAGGUUUCUCGAGAAGCAAAGAACAAUGUAAAAAAAGCUCUACCUGCUCAGAGUGGUGAAGUGGUCAGGAAAAGCAGCAGCACUAAAAUUAAUGUUCCAUGGGAGGAGGGGUUCAACCAGAAUCAACAGAAGCCAACUGUUAAACCUCAUGAGGAGGAUACUGAUUCAAAGAGUUCUUCUCAAGGGGAGUCAGUUUUCUCAGGCCCAUUGCCUGUGGCUGCAUCUACUGGUUUUGCAUGGGCAAGGAAAAGGAAAGAAGACAGGCGAUCACAUGGUAGAUCGGGUUCACGGAACCAUGUUUCUUCUGGUUCAUCUGAUCUAUCCAAUGCACUCAAAGCAAGACAUGAUUUUGAAUUGUCUGGUCAAGCCAAUGGAAUUCCUGUGAAUGGAAAGUGUGCUGAUUCAAUAGGAGGCAAUGAACAGAUGGAUUUGGUGAAACGAGCAAUGCUGAAACAGUGGACCCAGUUUGAACGACCAGAUUCGUUUGAUGCCUCUGAUUAUCAUUCCCAGGAGUUAUCUGCCGCAAUCUACCAAAAGGAAGAGUUUGCCUCUAGGCGGCAUAAUAUGGGUUGUUAUCAGGAUCAUGGGGAUAGAGUUGAGUUCUCUGGUCCCUUGCUUUCUCAAGCAUCAAAAGUUGAAGAGCUUUUAGAGAAGCACGAGCGCCAUAUUCGUCAAGCUGUGAGGAAAUCAUGGUUCCAAAGAGGUAGAAAGCAAGGCAAAUGAUAUUUGUGCAAAGAAAAAGAAAGCCAUUAUUCUUGGCCAGGCAUUUGAGAAGGGUAACAUAAGUGAGCAACACCGAUGAGAGCAGAAAAUUACAUUAUUUCAUCCUCUUGGGAUCAUAUAAUUUGGUGGGUGUUUGUGUAACUUACAGGGCCUCCUCAGAGGCUCCAAUGCCCAGCAGUUUCAGGUGCUGGGUACCUUUAUUUUUUGGAAAAAUGGCACAAAUAUUAUGGAAAAUUGAGGUGGAAAAAUAAAGGAAAGUAUGACAAAAUAUGAGUUGGAAGCAGUAUCAGGGGCAAUAUGAAUAAGGGGAGCUUGAUUGAGAGGGUACCUGGUGUCAGACAGCAUACAGUAUAUUCCACGUGUCUAUUAUAACAGGGCCGGAUGGAUGGUUGUUCAAGGAGUUUGUCCAGUUUCUAUAUGAACAAUCCAUCCAAAUGAAGGAGGCGUUCAGCAAGACUCUGAAUGGAUGAGGAUCCAGGUUAAAAGGAAGGAAAGCGUGGGAAAUUGCCUUGAAACAAGGUUCACAUAUCUCCUAAUUCUAUUAUUCUUUCUUCCAUUUUAUGGAGUUUUUGUAUAUUUUCCUCAUGUAGAUGGAUGGGUUUCCUGCCCUAAAUCUCCCAAACCAGGACGAGUCUUGGUGCUCUUUUUUUUAGUGGAAAUUAAUUUUGAAAAUAAACAGCGUAGACUAUAAGAGAAAAAAAUGGACGGCCUUGGAUGCAUGUAAGUUUUGGUAUUGUAAUUUUUCAUGAAUCUUGAAUCUAGGUUAUUUGCUUA